ACCCCUAGUUCCAUUUAUAUAUAUAACUAGGGUUUUUUAUUAGGGUUCUCUUGCUCUUUUAAGAGGAGAUAGAGAACCACCGCCGGUCGUUCGCUCCCGCCAUUUCGAGAACCAGCAGCAGCGAACGAGCUGAAUCAUGGCGUACGCAGCGAUGAAGCCCACUAAACCUGGUUUGGAGGAACCCCAGGAGCAGGUUCACCGCAUCAGGAUCACUCUCUCCUCAAAGAACGUCAAGAAUCUUGAGAAAGUUUGUGCGGAUCUGGUCCGUGGGGCCAAGGACAAGCGACUGAGAGUUAAGGGCCCAGUGAGAAUGCCCACCAAGGUUCUGCACAUCACUACUAGGAAGUCCCCUUGUGGUGAAGACUUGAUCUGGAGCUGGUUGUUCUUUCAGUUGAUUCCCCCACAGCUUGUCGUCUUCAUGUGUUCAACAUAUAUAGAUAGGUACAAACACAUGGGAUAGAUUUGAGCUCCGUGUACACAAACGGGUUAUUGACCUCGUUAGUUCCUCUGAAGUGGUGAAGCAGAUCACCUCUAUUACCAUCGAACCUGGUGUUGAGGUUGAAGUUACAAUUGCAGACCCUUGAUUAUUUGCUUGAUUUUUUUUUUGCUUUACCCUUUUUGCUCUGUCCGGUAGUAAAUGUAGAUGUACUUUCUGUUAUAUUUUUCAAAUUUUAACAUGUUGAGAGGGAAUUGAUCAUUUUAAGUUUGAUUGAAAGACUGGUCGUCGGUUGCAAUGGUAGAAUCUCUAUAUUAGAAAUUAAGAUUUAGCCAGCUUCCUAGUAUUUUUUCA